CAGAAAAUUUUGUCUCGAAAGCUUUUUGGUACCUACUUUUUCACAAUUUUUCUUUCCCCAACUCCUUAAAAUUUGACAGGUUUCAUAAAUUUUUGUCCAAAACGAACCCAAACAGAUCGAUAGUGUGUAGCGUGCCUUAGUCGUCGAUAACACAGUUUCUCCCAAAUCCAAUACACAAACCUCUCAACAUUAAAUUGUCACUAUGCACUGCUACCAACCAACACAACACAAAAAUCAAACCUUAAAAAAAAGAAACGCUAAAUGGCAAGAAGAAAUAAAAUCGAACACCGAAAAAAUGUACGCAAGUAGAGGAGAAGGAAAUAAAAUUUUUGUGUCAUGCCUCGUUCGCUACGCGAACAAAAAAACUACAGUACAUCGUAAUUGAAAAUAUUUAUUGAAAAACCCCAAGUGUUCUCGUUUUAAAGCAAAAUCUAAACGAAUAAAUAAUCAAGUAUUCUACAGAAAAACGCGGAAACAUACCGAAAAGUUUGUUUUGACAUUUGCCCCUCGAAAACAUUUGACAGGACCCCAUUGCCCCCCUCAAAAUAUAUAAAUUUGUAUCUUGGCUCGGGUGAACUUCUUGGCGAGGCGAGCAAGCAGCAAAUUGAAAAGAUAUUUUGCGACAGCCAUCCGACGAAAAAAAAACUUAACUGAGAAAAAGAAAAUGUGCUCCAACGAGACAAGUCAUUAGGAAUAGUUUAUAAAUUGGUUGCGUUGUUAGGUAACUAAGGAAAUCUCUGGAAUUUGGUCAAGACCUGGGAGAAGUCAGUGGCGGGUAAUUGCUUAAGUGUUUUUUUUUAGUACGUUUUAUUGGCAAAACCAGCAAUUUAUGAAUUAAACUUUGUGUGCUAGUUGUUACAAUUUAUAAGUUCUAAUUAGAGAGGCUUGCGGGCGGAUAAUGUGUACAUGAGAUUGUCCUAUAUAACGAAGAAUGGACACAACAGCUAAUACACUAGAGGAGGCAAGCUCCGAGAGUGAAUACAGUGAUUCAUAUGAAGGCGAGAGUAAUUCGGACUCGGCUGGCGCCGCAACUACAUCGUCAGGGGAUGAAGAUGAAGAUAACGGAGAUGGUGAGGAGGAUGAGGAGGACUACUCUCCUCCAGAGGACUCGAUUGAGAUAGCACGCAUCACUAAAAACACUUUGCUACAUCUGCCAAAAGGAUUGUGUGAAAAUGCGGCAGUAUUUCAAGAGUUUUUCUCUAUGGAAACAUGGCGAAUGCUACCGGCCAACUAUCAGGCCUAUCUCAAGAACAAAUUCAUUCCCCAUUUUUCAGAAAAUAAUGAAAAAGAGCAAGAACGUACUCUGGAAAUGUUAUUUAACAAUGAACUGAAUCGAUUUCAAUCAUCUCCUCUGAUUGAUUUACAGCGAAAUCUCGAAGAGGGAAAUUUUCGCCCCGAUGUUCUUCGAUUGCGGGAAAGCAUUGCCAAAUCGCGGCGACGAGAACGCCGUUUCCAAGAAUAUGAACGUAUCAGCCAUAUGGCUAAGAAUAUGCUGGUUUCUAGAGAACGAUUGGUGCGUAAGGCGUACGAAACACCUGAAGGAGCAGACCUACGAGUUGAGAAAGUGUUAAAGAAGACCCCACAACUAGGGAAAGGAGUGUGUGCGGUAAGAGCGCGCAAAAGAUUCUAUUCGGAAAUUAGACAGUUAAGAAGUCAAGUAGGCAUAACUGAGCUUAGCGAAGAUGACAUGGAAGAUGAACCUUUACCAGAUGUAAGAAGCGAUGAUGCAGAACCAAGAGUUAAGAUGGAAGUUGAUCAAGCAAAAGAGGCUAAAAUAUUAGGCACCUUGCAUCGCUACAAAAAACUCAAUAAAUUGGAUCCCGUUGAGAUUCUCUGCGAUGAGAAUUUUAAGAAAGUCCUUUUCGAGCAUAAAUGCAGGAAGCUAGAAGACCCAGACCGUCCCGAGUUCGAGACAAAUGAUAUUCGUCUUAGAGAUGUGUAUGCUAGAACACAAAUGACUGGAAGCUAUAAGCGUGUUUUUGCCUCAGGCAAAACACCUGGCCGUAAGCCAAAAGCGAAACUUCUUCAAGAGAAGACUGAAAAAGCGCCUUUAGAAGAAAAGAUUGAAGUAAAAGAAGAACUUCCCACAUCUCCAGCACCGUUGGUCACGCCUCCAAACCACCAUCUUUCACAAAUCCAAACAGCACCAGAUAGGAUUUAUGUGGAGCAGCCAAUCCACCAGCAACAUAACGUUGCCAUAGCCCCGCCUCAAGAACUUGAACAAAAAACCGUAGAGCAACCACCAUCUCAAGAUUCGGAAGAGGAUGAAGUUGUCAAUGUUGAAACAAUAGAAACAACAUCUAUGUGCCAACUACCCAGCAUCAAUGGCUCUGACUUCGUUCACUCUGAAGAAGUCAUUAUUCCAAUGACAGAGAUUAAGGCAGAAGAUCCUCCAGAGUCGACUAUUCCUUCACCACCUAAACUCACUUCUUACCAUGGAAAAAUCAAGAUAGCCACUUUUUCUGAUCUGAAAGGAAUCGACGUAAUGAAUAUUCCAAUGGAUAUGGAUGACUCUUGUCUAAGUGAGGCGGAUUUUAAUUCACAUCCUGAACCAAUCAUCUCUCAGGUGCAGCAACCAGUUGCAUCGGUCAACACAAUCAAGAGUUUUGUAGCUGCAUCGAGUCCUGAACUAAUGCAAGAAACACACGCCUGUUUCUUAUCGCUUAUUAGAGAUAUCUUCUGUUCGACGCCAAAUCAUCGCAUGAAGCUUGAUGAUUUGCGGGAAAAGAUUCAUGCGUGGCUGUCAAAUCCUAUUACUGCAUUGAACGAUUGGUACUGUUUGGCUGAAAAUUGGUCCUCACUGGUCACGUCGGCAAUCAAUUUUCUAGCUGGUGAUUUUAGUGAUCAACCGGAAGAGUAUGUACCAUAUAUUGAAUACAAAUCACAGUUAAAUAUAUACCAAUGGAUUGGAGCAAGUCGAGACUCAGACACGCAUCUUGUACAGUUAUGCAACUAUUGGAUGUCACGUAAACAUGAAAUGACACACAAACCCAUUCAAAAGGCCGACAUGACGCCGAGGAAGUCAAUAGAUUUCGAUGAGAAUGGCUCCAACGAAAUAGCGGCAUCUCCUCCAUUGCCGAGAUGUCCCACCCAAUGGGCAGUGCAACCUUCGAGUACUGAGGAAAUGUUAGAAUUUCAACGCCAAGAAAGAGAACGCUUUGAAAACCCACACCGAUCGUUUACAUAUCGAAUGCAUGGGUAUGAAAGUGUUGUUGGCCCAGUUAAAGGAAUAUAUACCCAAAUCUUUGCGUUAACAAAAGCUCGUGGUCAUAGUAUGAUGAUUGGCGACCGCCCAAGUUUUGUAACUAUUCUCACUUUGGUAAGAGAUGCAACUGCCCGUCUUCCCAAUGGAGAAGGUACCAGGGCUGAUAUAUCCGAACUACUUAAAUGCUCGCAAUAUAUAAACCGCGAAGCUCCGGAAAAUGUUCUCCAGACUAUUGUGAGUGGGGCUCUAGACCGUAUGCAUACUGAACAUGAUCCUUGUGUGAGAUACGAUACUAAGAAAAAAAUUUGGAUUUAUCUACAUCGAAAUAGAUCGGAAGAAGAAUUCGAAAGAAUGCAUCAGCAGUACCAAGGCAUUGGAAAACACAAAAAGCCAGCGAAUCGUAAAGUUAAAGCAAAAAUUAUUAUUAAGGAAAAUGUUUCUAUUGCCAGUCCUACUGCCCCAUCGUCAUCUCUGCCAGUUUUGAUGCCUUCUAAUCCAAUAAUUAUCAAUAGUUCAUCUAAUGCACAAAAGAACACUCAGUCACAGUCCCUGAAAACGGUAUUAAAACCUGAAUUAAUAUCAGAAGAUAAGAUUGAGGUGAUGGAAACACAAGAAAUAUCAACUCUAGAUGAUGCGUUGUCUCCUGGAGCAGUGCCUCAAGUGCAACCACAACAGCAGCAGCAACAAAGACAACAGACGCAGUUUAUUUCUCAGAAAAUGUUCGCAGCAACGACCAGCUCGACCCCCUCACAACAACAACAGCAACAAACUAAAAAAACAAGUCCUACGCCGAUAAUUGUUGCUACUCCCACUGGUAUUCAAACAGUGCAUGUUUCUGCCGCCAAUAACCCAACGUUAAUUACAAUUCCCACCAGUUCAACAUGUUCUACAAGCCCAGAAAAUAAACAGCCGGUACCAAACCCCACCAUUGUAUUCCCAGCAACGCAGCAGAUAAUCACAACAAACCAACAGUCACAACAGCAACAAAUAUCCGUGGCAAAUAAGAAAAUCUCACUCAGUAAACCAAUUAUUAUUAAUCAAGCAGUUGCUACAGGUCAGCAGCAGAUUCGACCACAACAGCAACAGCAGCCCCACCAACAACAACAAGGUUUCAUAAUUCCCAUCAACAUUAACAAUUCUGAACAGUUCAAGGUGAUGGGGAAUUCCAUUCUACUAACAGACCAACAAAAAUCGAACGUAAAUCCUACAACAACAACAACUUUCAUGCAACAACAAUCACCAAAGAAUAUAGUACGUUUGGCCGGUGGUAAGUCACUGCUAUCACCCCAGUUAAACAAAGUUCAGACGCAAAGUGUACAAAAGGUGCCAACAAUCACAACAACUGCCGUUCGGCCGCAGUUACAGAAAACUAUUGGUGGGAUAUCAUUGAUCAAUAAUGCCACCGUUGGAGGAGUAAGAAUGUCCUCACAGGCUCUAACGAACCUUCAGCAGAAACAAAUUAUUCAGAGUUUUCUCAAUCAGCAGGGCAAUAAGCAACGACUUGUAAUUGGGAAUUUAGGAACUGUAAUUCCACAGCAACAGCAGCAGCAAUUACUACAAAAUAAGAACGUUAUAAUUCAACAAACUUCUCAGGCACAGAAACUAGUUAAUGCUACCACACCCACAGUUGUACCUUCAACUGCAACUAAUACAGGCACUGGCACAAUAAUCUCAACUUCGACACAAGGAGGCAAUAUUAUUGGAUCACCGAUUUUUCAAAUUCAUUCGGCGCCUACAACACCUGGCGGAACGACAAAGAUUCAGACGAUUAGUGCAAGCAGCUUGACGCCACAACAACAGCAAAAUCUUUUACAAAACUUAAAACAGCCGCAGUUUAAGUCGGUGCAAGGUUGUCAAUUGGUUUCAACACAACAGCAGUCGCUGAUAAUUAAACAGCAACCAAUUUUCUCAACACAGCAGCAGCAACAACAACAGAAUACAUCGCAACAACAAAAAAAUUUAAACACAAAUCAACAACAGCAGAUAUCAACGGGUACAAUGACUGCUGUUAGUGUGGGUUCAGCAUCUCCCAAGGCAGUUGUUGUAAGUGGCGUUGGCAACAUCAUUACCACGGCGCCUUCCAAUAUCACGCAGAAUAUUAUAAAACAUCCGACAUUGCAACUCCAGCAAAAUCUUGGAAAACCAAUUACUGUCGUGUCACAACCACAGAAUAUAACUCGUCUAAUAAAAUCAGGUAAUGUUCAGAAUCAAAUUAUAUCCCGUGCUGGCCUCAGAGCUCAAUCAGUGAACCCUGUAAUGGCGAAAGUUCUUACCAACACAUCAGGUCAAAUAAUCUCCCUAGAAAGCCUCCUUCAAAAGCAAGGAGCAACUCUCCGGGUAACCAAUGCGAAACCUUCACAAACUACGAACCUUAUUCAACUGGCUGGUACUGCUGGCUCGCAAAUUACACAGUAUGCUGUUGUUUCACAAGGAAGGAAUCUAUUUUCUAUGAGUGGGCAACAGCAACCUGCGCGUCUGAUCAGUACGCAAGCAUCUUCAAGCACCGUUUCUACAACAACCACACCUGCUAGCCCCGCUAGCAAACCCGUUGUAAGUUCAACACCUGCUAAACUCAUCUCCACCAACCAAAUCACCGCACAGCAAUUGGUGAAUGCCAAAUUUCUAAGCAAAGGCUCGAAUGUGGCUACAACAUCUGCCGGAGGCAUUCGAAUGAUCAAUACUCAGAACUUUAAUAUAGCCAAUAUUCAGGGCAAACCAGUUAUUAUUGCCAGCAAACAAGGAGGAGCAAAUAUAAAUCAGCAGCAACUAGGACAUCAGCAAGCAGCUGGAACUGGCACCAGUGUAGUAAUCGGAGGACAAACUCUAAAGCUGCAGGGCAAUGUCAUUUCAACCUCUAACGUUCAGCUGAUCAACAAGGCAAUAUCUUCAGUUGCAUCUUCUGCUACAACAUCGACCGUUAUGAUGGGCAAUCAAAUUCUAAAAGUUCAGCAAUCCACUCCGCUGAAGCAGGGUGCAGUUGCUGCAACGACGACUCCUUUAACUACUAUUGCUAGUACUAACACCGGCACGGUUGUUGUAAAUAGCAAUUCAGUUUUAAAUCAUCAGAAUAUGCCUACAAAAACAGUCGUACUAGGCUCCACAGGGCAAGCCAUUCGGGUUCAAACGCCAAGCCAAAUGCAUGGAGUCAAUGUUAGCGGUUCAGUUGGUGGACUUAAAAACGUAACAUCUACAAGUAUAGCACAGGGCACCACGAUGAAGUCAUCGGCUAAUCGUGUAGUUUUAGCAGUGCAGGGUGGUGGUCAAAUAUUUCUUUCCCCCAAUUUUCAGGGUGGGGCGAUAAAUCUUAAGUCCUUACAAGGCAUGAAGGUUGUUUCCCUGGCUCAACAGCCACACCUGCAACAGCAGUCGUCGCAACCUCAACAAAUUCAGCAGCAAACUCAAACUACACCCCAACAACAGCAACAACAAGGAAAAAGUAAAAGUCUGCCAAAAUGAGCCACGCUCUUUCCUCAUAUUAUAACAGGGGUUAGAUAUGUUAUCAAAAAAAAUCCAGAUUUCUGAUUGCUUAAUCCAAUGCAAGGCAAUGGUUUGUAAAUACAAAUUAAAAAAAAAGUAAAAAAUACCUUUUUCAUCCACACAAUUUAAAUAUAUUUGCAAUCGUAAAGGUUUUCAAAAAAUACUUUUCAGAUUGUGUUAAAAAUUUAUUUUUAAAAUAAUUAUUACUUAAAAAACGCAAUGAAAAUAAAAAAAAGAAUACACACACACAAAAUAAUUGUAGAAAAUGUUGAUUUAGUUAUAGGAGAAUUUUAAACAUUUGAAUAGCUUUAAGUUUGUGAAUAUGUUUCAUUUUUAGAUAAGGAUUACACACUUUGAUAAAUAUAUUAUAUAAAAUAUUAAAUAUAGUUCUUAGAGAAGCAUUGAGAGUAAGCGAGAGUGAGAUAUGUAAAUGGUAAAAUCUUAAAUAUAUUAAAAAAAAACCUAACAAACUAUGUAAAAUAAAAAAUAACAAAAUAAAAGCCUAGUUUUAUGAAACCAAAAAAUUCAAAAUAAAUAAAAAUAAAACUACACAAAGUUUUAUACAAGUUAUUUUUUUACGAAAAAGUACAGUACCUGCUAAUCGGACCACCUCCUUUUCGGAC